UCAUUAAUGAUUACUCUCACUCGCACAAUUAAAAGCUGACCCAAAUGCAUUUUUUAUGGUCCAGCAUCGAAAGUCAAAAAGAAAUGGGACCAACCAUCCACAUCGGGUGGACCACCAGGUGCACAGGAUCCAAAGAAGACAUGCAACCUGGAAACGUAUCUGGAUUGGUCGGCACGUCUCCGUCUGUUUGUUUGCAAUGAGAUACUGCAGUGGAGCAAAUUGCAAGUGACGUGCCAACAACUGGAUUGCAUGCAGCGACAUGCCGAGGGACACGGUCAUUUGUGGCAGAAACAGGCAAUCGUCUUAAAUGAACAAGGCCAGCCACAAAGUCUCAAGACUGAUAAGCAGGCUAAGGACAAGUCAUCCACAUCAAUAGGAGGAAAAGCAACAUCAACAUCAACAUCAGAAUGUGGAGGAGGAGCUACCACAUCAAUGGACUUAGAUGAGAGACCGUCGACGAGUGCGAGUGUGAUUGGGCAUCCAGUUGGCAUAACAGGCACUUCCGCUAUGAAUGCAAUGUCGGCACCGGAAACAGCGACACUGCCUGUGGCUGGCAACAGCAAUGCGGAGCAGCCACCAACAUCAUCCCCUGCCACGCCAUUAACUGGAACGGCACUGGGCAAACCCAAUGAUUGGGUUGUUAUUCCAGUGUUUGCGGAUAUUGUUAAAUUGGCAUUGGGCGAACGUGAGAACUGUUUGCAGCGGUAAGUUUAAUUUGCCUGGAACUGCGCAA